ACCAGCCACGUGAAAAUGACCCAGCAAAUGCAGAAUCUACACCUUUCCCAGACUAAAAAGAACAGUGCUCCAUCUUCUCCUAAUGCUGCCAAACGCCUGUAUCGGAACCUUUCUGAAAAACUUAAAGGGAGUCAUUCUUCCUUUGAUGAAGCAUACUUUAGAGCAAGAACCGACCGACUAAGCCUUAGAAAGACAUCUGUGAACUUCCAGGGCAAUGAAGCAAUGUUUGAGGCUGUGGAGCAGCAGGACAUGGAUGCCGUGCAGAUCCUUCUGUAUCAGUAUACCGUUGAAGAGCUAGACUUAAACACACCCAACAGUGAGGGAUUGACGCCCUUGGACAUUGCCAUCAUGACCAACAACGUGCCUAUUGCAAGACUCCUCCUGAAGACAGGGGCCAGAGAGAGUCCACACUUCAUCAGCCUUGAAAGCAGGUCAACACAUCUCAAUACCUUGGUCCAAGAAGCGCAACAGAGGGUAAAUGAGCUGUCUGCCCAGGUGGAGAAUGAAGGCUUCGGUAUGGAUAGUACAGAUAAAGAGAAACAAUUGAAAGCUUGGGAGUGGAGAUACCGGCUCUACAAACGCAUGAAAACAGGCUUCGAACAUGCCAGACCCCCUGAGGUGCCAACCAAUGUCUGUCUCAUGGUAACCAGUAACACAUCACUCACUGUCACCUUUCAAGAGCCUCAUAGUGUCAACGCAGCUGUAGUGACCAAAUAUAAAGUGGAGUGGAGCAUUUCUAAAGACUUUUCUCCUUUGGCUGGGGAAAUAAUCAUGGAUAAUCUUCAGUAUUUGAGAUGCACAAUCACCGGACUCACCACGGGCCAACAUUAUUUUGUCCAAGUCUCAGCUUACAAUAUGAAAGGAUGGGGACCAGCUCAGACCACAGCUCCUGUCUGUGCCACUCCUUCUAACUGGAAAGACUAUGACGGCAGAGAGCCCAGACACAAGGGACAGAAUGAAGCUUUGGAACGUCUGCUGCAGCAGAUCCGGGCUGCUCAUCAGCAUUACAGUUGCCGGGAAAGUUCAAAAUUACAGAACGCAGGACGCAAGCAGUCAGUCUCAAGGAGCCUGAAACAUCUAUUCCAUUCCUCAAACAAGUUUGUGAAGACCUUAAAACGGGGACUCUAUAUAGCUGUUAUAUUUUAUUAUAAAGAUAAUAUGUUAGUCACCAAUGAAGAUCAAAUACCAAUUGUUGAAAUCGAUGAUUCUCACUCCAGUUCCAUUACUCAAGAUUUUCUGUGGUUCACAAAGUUAUCCUGUAUGUGGGAAGAUAUCCGGUGGUUGCGCCAAACUGUACCACUUUCCGUGUCCUCGUCCACAGCACUGCAGGCCAGGCAGAAGAUGCUUGCAGCCACAGCUCAGCUACAGAAUUUACUUGGAACCCACAACUUGGGAAGAGUUUACUAUGAGCCCAUUAAGGAUCGGCAUGGAAACAUCGUCAUAGUCACAAUAAGAGAGGUGGAAACACUCUAUUCGUUUUUCAAUGGUAAAUGGAUGCAGAUAUCAAAGCUACAGAGCCAGAGAAAAUCACUGUCAACUCCAGAGGAGCCAACAGCCCUAGACAUCUUAGUCAUCACCAUCCAGGACAUCUUGUCCUACCAGAAAAGGAGCCAACAGCGUCUCCCUCCUGGAUUAUACCUUGGUUACCUGAAACUCUGCAGUUCUGUGGAUCAGAUCAAAGUCCUUGUCACCCAGAAAUUACCCAACAUUCUCUGCCACGUAAAGAUCCGAGACAACAGCAACGUUUCCAAAGAUGAGUGGGAAUGGAUCCAGAAGCUUUCUGUCCCUGAAUCUACAGAGAGUAUAGCUCCUACUCCUGAAUGCCCCUCUCAGUCGUUCUUCUAUGAGCUCCAGAUGGCAGUGAGGGCCCUACUGAAACAGAUCAAUCUACCUCUACACCAGGCCAGGCACUUCCGUCUCUACACACAGGAGGUGUUGGAAAUGGGUCACAAUGUCUCCUUUCUUCUCCUGCUCCCUGCCUCAGACGACGUCUGUACGGCCCCAGGACAGAAUAAUCCUUACACCCCGCACUCAGGAUUUCUUAACCUCCCUCUUCAAAUGUUUGAACUUGUUCAUUUUUGUAGCUACAGGGAGAAAUUUAUUAGUCUGUAUUGCCGCCUUUCUGCUGUCGCAGAGCUCGAUUCUCUGAACACCCAGCAAUCCCUGCGGGAAGCGAUCUCAGACAGUGAAGUAGCAGCAGCCAAGCAAAGACACCAGCAAGUCUUAGAUUAUGUGCAGCAAAUAGAUGAAAUUUGGCGUGAAAUGAGAUGGAUCACAGAUGCACUCCAGUAUGCAAGGUACAAACAACCAGGGACUGGCUUGCCCAUCAUGAAACUAAUUGACCCUUCCAAUGAGCAGAAUGAAAAGAAGGUCAAUUCAACAUCAUCACCUAUAGACUGUCUUCCAUCCCCAUCCCCAUCCCCAGAGACCCAGAGGAGAAAGGCCGUGAGUGACUCCCAACCCUGUUCAGAUGAAGAAGGUUGCUCAGAGGUAUUUCUCCCCACGGAUAGCGACUAUGAUUCCAGUGAUGCCCUUAGCCCUCGAGAACUGGACUUGGUAUACUUGUCAUCCCAUGAUAUUUCCCAUCAGGCCAUGAGUGGCAGUGCCCCUGAUGUCUUACAGGUGCAUGAUAUGAAGCCCUGCAUGGCCUUGAGAGGGGACACCCAGGGCCAGACCCUGGAGCCAGAUGCCGACCAUUCCUGUGCUGAGUAUUUCAACAGCCUGACACUCUCAGGCUUCAUGGGCAAGAACCCAGAAAAGAUGGCAGGCAGCUCCCAACAAGCAGGGAGCUUCCUGGGGAGGAAAAAGCUGAGCAAACACCAGCACUAUGGCUACUUCAGCCGUCACCACCGCUGGCUCCGGAUCCACAGUGAAACACAGUCCCUGUCCCUUUCUGAGGGAGUCUACACUCAGCACCUCUCCAGGGCUUCAGACUUGUCCCAGGAGACCACUGAGGCAAAGCAGAUCAGGAUCCCCACUGAUAGGCACCGGGGCCUACUCCUACCCCAUACCUCAAGCCUCCCUGAAGAGAAGAAAACCAAGUACCAGGACAUGCGACCUAUGGUGCGACGCAUUUAUGUGGAACCUUACCCCACAGCCUUGGUGAAUGAUGAUAAGCCAUGGGUUGGACUCAAUUCCCCUCCAGGAGACCAAGGUGAUAUGCAAAGGCCCAAGGACCAGGAGGUCAGCCCAGGUGACCAGAGCACCUCUCCAGUAUCAGAAAUAUUUAGUAGCAUGCUUUAGGGAUCUGAACUACUUGUUUCCUCAUAACAUCCACCAUUG